AUGGAAGAUCUCAACACCAUUUCUUCUGCUACCAAUCUUCUCAACGAUAAACAAGGCUUUGCUCUAAAAACUACCAGCUUUAAUUUUGAUGUCCCUGCAAAAGAACCAGUAGUCCAAAAUGUCGUUGCUACUGCAAAUUUACAAUGUGCAUUAGAUUUAAAGCAAGUUGCAAUAAAAGCAAGAAAUUCCGAAUACAAUCCAAAGCGGUUUUGUGCUUUAAUAAUGAGAAUUAGAGAACCGAAAACAACUGCAUUAAUAUUUGCAUCAGGAAAAAUCGUAGUCACAGGCGCAAGAGACGAAGCUCAAGCUCGUUUGGCUUCUAGAAAAUUUACAAGAAUUAUCCAAAAAAUUGGCUACUCUGCAACUUUUACUGAAUUUAAAAUCCAAAAUUUAGUAGCUUCAGCUGAUAUAAGGUUCCCUGUAAGGCUUGAAGGAAUUGCUAUAAAGCAUUUUAAUUUCUCGAGCUAUGAGCCUGAAGUAUUCCCUGGGUUAAUCUAUAGGAUGUUGCAGCCAAAAGUUUCGCUUUUGCUAUUUACAUCAGGAAAAAUGGUGUUUACAGGGGCAAAGACAAGAGAAGACAUCAAAGUAGCCUUUAAAAAAAUUUAUCCAGUGUUGAAAGAGUUCAAAAAAGAGAGAAAAAUGGGGAUUUAA